GGGGGAGUGGCAGCAGAUUUCCCCCUCUUACUGGAUUAAGCUCUCAGCAAGUCUGGGUACAAUCAAGCUCCGAAUGGCCAUUUUCUAGCAAGGGAUCCUGCAUGACGUAUGACUGUUUUCUGGCAGAAAUCUUGGAGGACCAGUAGGCAGAGCGGAAUUGGAGCUGACAAGUCUGCAUCUUGGAAAGGGCUGUAAUCUAGUGUAGUGCAAAACAGAGGCACUCAAUCACAGCAGCUGUAAAUAGGAGACAGAGAAGCAAAUCUACAGCUAAGGAAGACAAAGUGUUUGUUGGAGGGCUGAAUUUAAAAAGCAUUUUUGGUGCAUGGGAUGAAACCAGCCAUGGAAACUGCAGCAGAGGAAGCAACAGAACAAAGCCAGGAGAGAAAAGUGAACAGCAGCAGACCUGAAAUGGAAAUUGGCAGGUACCACUGGAUGUACGGGAGUUCAAGGCCACAGCAAGUGCCAGCAAUGAGCGGCAGUAUGAGUCCCUUGGGGACUGGAGGUUGCUUUGAGUGCUGCAUUAAGUGCUUGGGAGGAGUUCCAUAUGCUUCGCUGGUGGCCACCAUUCUGUGCUUCUCUGGAGUGGCUCUCUUCUGUGGCUGUGGUCACGUGGCCCUCACUGGAACAGUAAACAUCCUGGAACAGCACUUCUCCUCGAACCCCAGUGACCAUGCCCUUCUGAGUGAAGUAAUCCAGUUAAUGCAGUAUGUUAUCUAUGGAAUCGCUUCUUUCUUCUUCCUGUAUGGAAUCAUCCUGUUGGCAGAGGGCUUCUACACCACCAGUGCAGUAAAGGAACUGCACAGUGAAUUUAAAACUACUGCCUGUGGACGAUGCAUCAGCGGAAUGUUUGUGUUCCUGACGUACAUCUUGGGGGUGGCCUGGCUUGGAGUGUUUGGCUUUUCUGCAGUACCUGUUUUCAUGUUCUAUAACAUGUGGUCAUCUUGUGAAGUCCUCAAGGGGUUGCCUGUAAACUUGACCACUUCCGCAGAACAGAUAUGUGUGGACAUCCGACAAUACGGUAUCAUUCCAUGGAGUGCCUUGCCUGGUAAGGCUUGUGGAUCGGCUUUGGAAAACAUCUGCAGUACCAAUGAGUUCUAUAUGUCCUACCAUCUGUUCAUUGUGGCCUGUGCUGGGGCAGGUGCUACUGUAAUUGCAUUGAUCCACUUCCUCAUGAUUCUGGCUUCUAAUUGGGCCUACUUAAAGGAUGCAAGCAAAAUGCAGGCCUACCAAGACAUUAAAGCUAAAGAAGAGCAAGAACUUCAAGACAUCCAGUCACGGUCCAAAGAACAGCUCAAUUCUUACACAUAAAACAUUAACAGCAUGAGAAGCGGUAGCCUUUGUGACUAAUCAAUUAAUGCAGAAGUGUACAAUUACAAUAUCAAAUAAAAUAAAAAAAAGGUCAAACAUAACAUGGUUUUGGACAUGAAGCUGUACAGUUGAAACAAAUUUCAGUGAGUAAAAAAAUGUUUCCAUUUUUUUCCCUCACACAUUUCAAUCUCAGGCAUUAUGAAAGGAAGUCCUUUGAAUGCAUAGGCGCUUCCUUUCCCUUUGGAAUAUACCAUUCCGAACUGGGGGGAGGAGGGGUGGGGACGACUCAGUGGCUGGGUUGGAUACUUGGAUAACAUACCAAGUAUGUGCAUCUACCAUACUUAUUUUCAGUAAGUCUAAUUAUAUGAAGGAACCCCAAUAUAAAGUAGUGUUACUUUGAAAUGAAACCAUGAACCAAGCAUUGUAUAUACUUGCACACGUACAUAUGUGCCUGGGGGCUGUGAAGUAUUCAGAUCUACUAGAGCAUCAAGAGGCGAAUUCGCUUAGAGUUUAUGAAUUGGCGUUUGUACACAAGACAUCCAUCUCCUCUGCAUCGAGAGAAAACGUUCAUUUCAAGUUCUCUUCUAGCAGUUUAUAAAUAUGAUCUUUCAAUAGUGUUAGUCUAAAGUUACAUAAAGUUACAAAAAAAAAAUUCAAGUGGUGCAUUGAAGAUAUAGUAUUACAUUGUUGCUGUAGGUCCUUCAUACUUCUGUGGGUAAUCGUGAUUUAUUUUUGACAGUUGCACUUCCUAAAAAAAUUAAAAAAAAAUAAAAACAAAAAACAAAUGUGAAUCGUAGACGGUACUGAUUUAGAAAAA